UCAAGGUGAGUCAAAAGUGUAUUUAUAAAUUCGCUAUUAAUUUCUUGUGUUUAUCGUUUGGUUUACGGUCGUUCCUUAGAAGGUUUCGCUUGUUUAGUUACGUGACAGUGUUUGUUAUCAAUUAGUUUAAGGCAAAACAGCGCAAAAUGCCGGUUUUCCACACGAAAACGAUCGAAUCUAUUUUGGAACCCGUUGCACAACAGGUUUCGAAACUUGUGAUUUUGCACGAAGAGGCCGAGGAUGGCAUCCCCAUGCCCGACCUGGAGCAGCCCGUCCGGAGCGUCUCGAACGCGGUCUCAAACCUGGUCAAAGUCGGGCGCGAGACCAUCAACAGCUCCGACGACCCCAUUCUGCGCCAGGACAUGCCCGCGGCGCUGGUGCGCGUCGAGCGCUCCUCCAAGCUGCUGGAGGAGGCCAGCAGUAUGCUCAAAUCCGACCCCUAUUCCUCGCCCGCCCGAAAACGGCUGAUCGAGGGCAGCGGGGGCAUUCUACAAGCCACCUCCGCCCUGCUCCUGUGCUUCGACGAGUCCGAGGUGCGGAAAAUCAUCCGGGAGUGCCACCGCGUCCUGGACUACCUGGCCGUGGCCGAGGUGAUCGAGACCUUGGACGAGCUGGUGCAGUUCUUGCGCGACUUGAGCCCCUGUUUGAGCAAAGUCAGUCGGGAGGUGAGCGCCCGCGAGAAGGAGCUCACCCACCAAGUCCACUCCGAGAUCCUCGUGCGUUGCCUGGACCAGGUCAAGACACUGGCCCCCAUACUGAUCUGCUCCAUGAAAAUCUACAUCCAGAUUGUGUCCCAAGGGGGCAAACGCGUGGAGGAAGCGAUUGAGAAUCGCAACUAUUUGGCGCAACGAAUGACCGAUGAAAUCAACGAAAUAAUCCGCGUUUUGCAGCUGACUAGCUACGAUGAGGAACAAUCCGACUUGGAUAAUUUAACGGUUUUGAAGAAGUUGCAAAACGCGAUUCAGAAUAAGAUAAACACGGCGAACGACUGGCUUUUGGACCCGAAUGCGGUCCGAGGGGGCAUUGGCGAGAAGAGUCUGCGGCAGAUCAUCGAAGCGGCGCAAAAGGUGGCUGAGAGGUGUCUCCCGCAGGACGCCCGCAAUAUCAACAAGUUGUGUUCGGAGUUGAACACCAUGACGGAUGCGCUUUGCGAGUUGAGGCAGGACGGGAAAGGGGCGACUCCGCAAGCGGAGUCGCUGGCGCGGGGGAUCAAGGAGAAGUUGGGGAAUUUGCAGCAGGCGGUGCUGAAUGCCGUGGUGGCUGUUGACAAGGCGGGCUUGCAGCAGACGGCGCACACGGUGCAGGGCCGGUUGGAGCAGGCGAGGAAGUGGCUCUCGAACCCGGGGCAGGACGAUAAGGGGCUGGGGCGGAGGGCGAUAGCGCUGAUUGUGGAGGAAGGGAGAAAGGUGGCUGACGGCCUUCCCGGCGUGCAAAAGGCCGAGAUUUUGCAACUAUGCGACGAAGUGGACGCCCUGUCCAACAAACUGGCCGACCUUUGCGCCCAAGGCAAGGGCAACACGCCCGAGGCGCAAGAAAUCGCCCGCAAACUCUCGCAAAAACUGCACGAAUUGAAAGAGCGCAUCAACCAAGCCGUCGUUAAUCGCGUCGUUGAAGAUUUCAUCGACAUUGUCACUCCUUUGAAACAAUUCACCGACGCUGUCUUGGCUCCCGAAGGGACGCCAAACCGCGACCAGAAUUUCGCCGACAGGGCUGCCAACCUCCAACAAUUCACAAACCGUGCCGUUAAAACGGCCCGAAUGGUGGCGGCCGGCGGCAGCGGCGGUAAUAAAAAACUGGCGGAAGCUUUACAAAGCGCUUCGAAUCAGGUUGAAAGCUUAACACCGCAACUUGUCUCGGCUGGAAGUAUCCGCAUGAAUUAUCCGACGAGUAAAGCGGCAGAUGAGCAUUUCGAGAAUUUGCGGCAACAGUAUGCCGAUACUGUGACCAAAAUGAGGAAUUUGUGCGAUGAGGCGACCGAUUCGGCCGAUUUUAUUAAAGCAUCAGAGGAGCAGAUGCGGAAACAUACGUUUUUGUGCGAGGAGGCGAUUAAGAAUCGGCAGCCGCAGAAAAUGGUGGAUAAUACAUCGGCUAUUGCGCGAUUGGCUAAUAGGGUGCUACUGGUGGCGAAGCAAGAGAGUGAUAAUUCGGAGGAUCCGAGUUUUAUCGAUGAUGUUAAUCGGGCGUCGGAUGCCCUGCAAGGGACUAUACCGCCGAUGGUGCAAGACGCCAAGUCGGUGGCGGUCAACCCGGCAGAUGGGGCUGCUGUGUCAAGGUGGAGGGACUCCAAUAAAGCGUUGUUGAAUGCAGUGGGCGAGGUCCGGAAGGCGGUGCAAAUCAAUCCAGAGCUUCCCCCACUUCCGGAUAUCAACUCGUUGAAUCUCGAACCCGCCCCCAACAGUCUAUUUAUUGAGAAAGUUGGCGAACCGCUAAGAAACACACCGACUCCCGGCCGUGAUCCGGGGGCUCUCAGUCCCACGCCCCAUCAGCACGGACGCGUCAGUCCAUUACCGAAAUGGGCCAGAGGGGAUAAUUCCGACUUGCUCUGUCAAGAACUUAUCCCUAGCGUAGACCGCGAACCAGGAUAUUGCAGUUUUAUCCCGGAAUAUAUUUUAGAAGACGAUAUGGCCCCGCCCAGGCCACCGUUGCCCCACGACGGCGCCCCAAUGCGUCCCCCACCGCCGCCUGAAACCGACGAUGAAGACGACGUGUUUAGACACGCCCCUAGCUCCACCCAGCCCAUCAUGGUCGCCGCCCAUAACCUCCACCGGGAGGUGCGCCAAUGGUCGGCCAAAGACAACGAAUUGAUUGCUGCAGCCAAACGAAUGGCUGUUUUAAUGGCACACCUCUCCGAAUUGGUCCACAACGACGAUAAAGGCAGCAAACGCGAACUUAUAGCCACGGCUAAGGCUAUAGCUGAUGCUAGUAAUGACGUCACGAGAAUUGCCAAACAAUUGGCGAGGGAGUGUACGGAUAAGAGGAUCCGUACGAAUUUGUUACAGGUGUGCGAAAGGAUUCCAACGAUUGCUACACAAUUGAAGAUUUUGAGCACGGUCAAGGCCACCAUGUUGGGAGCGCAAGAGAAAGGAAAGCCGAAAAAGGGUUCGGAGGAAGACCGCGAAGCGACGGAAAUGUUGGAAGGCAAUGCCCAGAAUCUCAUGCAAAGCGUAAAAGAGACAGUCAGAGCGGCAGAGAGUGCCAGCGUUAAAAUUCACGCCCAAACACACGGCAAACUUCGAUGGGUUCGAAGACAACCGUGGUACGCCUAUGCUUAGAUAAUUAUCCACAAGCGCAAAAAAGUCUAUUUGUUUUCAACGACAUUGUGUUCAUUUUAUUUUAGAUUAACUAAGUCUUAACUAACGAACGAGUUACGAAACUGAUUUUUAUUUUUUGUAAUCAUUGAUUAUUAAUUCUCACAUACACAGAACACAAUCCCUCUCUUCUCUCUGUGUCUAUCUAGUGAUAGGAGGAAACUUGCCUUAGUGGAAUAAUAGUUAUUUUUCUAUGCUUUAUUAUAAAGAUAUAUACUAUUAAAGAAUUAUUACGAAUAUUUAUAUACAAGUGCAAUAGUGCCAAAUUUAUGUUUAAGUAUAGCCAUGUUUGUUAUUAUUUAAAGUACAAAUUCUUGAGGCAAUACCCAUGGCUUAAACUUGUUGAAACGUGCUUAAAUUUUAUUGCUUUAAAUGUUUUUAUUUUCUAAUAUUAUUAAUUUUUUAACUAUUUUAUUUGUAUUUGGAAUGAAUUUUGUGUAACGAAUUAAUAAAGAACUAUUUAUACA